AGAGUUCCUGUUCCUCCCAGGCAGAUAUCACAGGGCAGCAGGGCCUUCAACAGAAGACAAACAUUCCACCCAGAGCCAGAUGAGGAGCUGAAGCACCCAGAGGAAACAAGGACACCAGGAACACCUUUCUGUUAUUGCUUGGGAGUGCAGAAAAUGCCCUAUGCGGAGAUCACUGUGAAUCUGGGCAAAGUGACAUUCGGAGAAGAGAACAGGAAGGCGAUGACCAACAGUUGUCUGAAAAGGCACGAGAACUCGAGGCUCGUGCAGGCUGUAUGUGCACUGCUGAAUUCUGGGGGAGGUGUGGUCAAAGCCGAGAUUGAUGACAAAAGCUACAGUUACCGAUGCCACGGGCUGGGACAGGAUUUGGAAACUUCCUUUCAAAAGCUCCUCCCAUCAGGUUCACAGAAGCACCUCGACUACAUGCAACAGAACCACGACCUCCUGAUUUUUGUGAAGUCAUGGAGUCCAGAUGCCUCUAGCCUUCCACUGAAGAUUUGCAGCUUACGCUCCAAUUUAUAUCAGAGAGAUGUGACCUCUGCUAUCAACCUGUGUGCCAACAGUGCCCUAGAGCUUCUCAGAGAGAAAGAGUCUAGAGCCCAAAGAGGCACCCCUAGGCUACAUUCUCAAGACCACAUCCUCAACAGAACCAUUCAGGAAGAGGAAGAUAUUAAGAUGUGUGCCUUGGAAUUUUUUAAAAAAGAUAAACUCAAUUAUAAGGAGAAGCUUAGCUUCACAGAGUCAACACAUGUUGAGUUUAAAAGGUUUACCACCAAAAAGAUUGUCCCUCGGAUUAAAGAGACACUGGCUCAUUAUGUUUCUGCAUUUGCCAAUACUCAGGGGGGAUACAUAAUUAUUGGGGUUGAUGAUAAGAGCAAAGAAGUGUUUGGAUGUAAGAAAGAAAAAGUGAACCCCGACUCACUAAAAACAGAAAUAAAAAACUGCAUAGAAAAGUUGCCCACAUACCACUUCUGUCGUGAAAAGCCCAAGGUGAAUUUCACAACCAAAAUUUUGAAAGUUUACCAAAGAGAGGCCCUGUAUGGUUUUGUCUGUGUGGUUCAAGUAGAGCCCUUCUGUUGUGUCGUGUUUGCAGAGGAGCCAGAUUCCUGGAUCAUGGAGAACAAUAUUGUCACAAGGCUGAAGGCUCAGCAGUGGGUGGAGAUGAUGCUGGAUAUUCAGUCAGACCCUUCCAGCUUUCCUACCACCAGUGAUGGUGCUCACCUGAUGUCGCCAGCUUUGUCGGCACGGAGAAGGCCAGCAUAUCUCACCAAAGUCCUGGAACAUAAGGAGACCCUGCAGCACCAUUUCUUUCCAGUGACACAGGAAAACCUACAAUUUCAGCCAGAAUCCCUCUGUAAGAAGCUGUUCUUAGAUCAUGAAGGACUGGAAGACUUAUUGAAGGCACAGACACACCCCUGUUCUCACGGCAUUGUGAUAUUUUCGAGAAGCUGGGCUGGCGAUAUUGGUUUAACAAGAGAAGAGGAGGUUCUAUGUGACGCUCUCCUGGUAGCAGUGGGCAGUCCUCUGGUACUCUAUACAAUCCUAACAGACCCCAGUUGGACUGGAAGAUCUGACUAUACUCAAAAUACAGCCCUUCAGUUAAAGAGGCAGCUACAAAGCCUUGGAGGCUACACCAGUAAAGUAUGUGUCAUUCCAAGGGUCAUUUACCUGCCCGGCAGAGAGUCCAGACCUGACCAGUCCCCUGUGUACUACCCCAGAUCCUACAUGCUGUCCAGCAGAGCUGAAGUGGAGGAUUUGCUACAGAGCCUGGUACUGGUCUCACUGUGCUCCAGAUCUGUGCUGAGUGACCAGUUGGGCUGUGAGUUCUUCAAGCAGUGCAUAGAAGAGCAGGCCAACGCGCUCUCCAGGAGCCUCCAGGAAACCCGGGAACUGUUCAUCCACUGCCUCCCGGGAACCAGGAAGACAGCCCUGGCCAUAAGGAUGGUAGAGAAAAUUAAGGAUGUGUUUCACUGCAAGCCAAAAGAGAUCCUCUACGUCUGUGAAAGUGACUCCCUAAGGGAUUUUGUGAUGCAACAAGUCACUUGCCCAGCUGUGACCCGGAGGACCUUCAUGAUGGAAGACUUCCCAAAGAUUAAACACAUAGUGAUGGAUGAGACAGAGAAUUUCUGCAGUAGACAUGGUGACUGGUAUAUGAAGGCUAAGAGCACCACCCAUCCAAAAGCAAACGGGGCUGCAAGUGAACGCCGUCACCACGGGAUCCUCUGGCUUUUUCUGGAUCCUUUCCAAAUCCGGCACACAGAUGUUAGUGGCCUUCCCGCUCCUUCCGCUCAGUUUCCUCGAAAAACGAUCACCAAUGGGAUUCACUGUGCUGAGGAAAUUGCUAAGAUCAUGAAAGAUGAAAUGAAGAGGAUGCAAGAAAGCCCUCCCGCCAGAGGAUCUCCAGACACCCUGGCAACAUUCCAGGAGGCCCCUUAUGAGGAAGCAAUGUGUGCCCAGGCUCUGCCUGGCGUGUGUGAGAUCAAGGCUAACCUGACACCAGAACAAAUAGCCAACUAUGUGGCAGAAAAAUGUCACAGCCUGUUCCACGAGGGCUAUCUGCCCCAAGACAUAGCAAUUCUGUACAGGAGACGGGAAGACAGAGGACAGUAUAAAGAUGCGUUGCUAAGAGCGAUGGCCUGUGGGACAACGGAGGUCGCCUUCAACAGCGCUGCUGAUGUUUGUGCUGAUGGCAUAAUUUUAGACAGUGUGGAGCAGUUCUCAGGCAUGGUAAGGAACAUAGUGUUUGGGCUUAGUCCCGAAUCUGUACACUCAGUAGGCAUUCAUAAACUCUGCUUUGCCUCAAGAGCCGUUAAACACCUCUACCUGCUCUAUGGAGGGAGGACGGCUUUCUGAAACCAUUAUGAAUAAUACAGGAAGCCAAACAAGAACACUCUCCGCCCAAAUGGGUGGCAGCUCCUUUUUAAUAUGACAAGUGAAUGAAUGAAGGUACAUCGUUGUGGCCUGAAGUCACAGAGAUGUGUUUCGGGAAUAGGUCACCCUACCAGCGGCGGCUGGGCCCGUUCCUCCGUCCACUACUUUUUCCCAGUGACAAGAUAAGUAUGAUUGAUUCUCUGCCUCCAAUCUUCCCGACUCAAUCAAGCUUUCAUUCUGCCACCCAAAGAGCCUAAAACAGAAUGUGAAUUUUAUGAAAUUUUCUGCUCCAGGGAGUUCCUGCAACCCUGGGACAGAAUCCUUUUCUGAGUCUUUCCAUGGUACUUCCUUUCCUGACCCCAUCCCUCAACUCCCAGCAUUUCAUUUUUCUCUUCUCUUCUCUUCUCUUCUCUUCUCUUCUCUUCUCUUCUCUUCUCUUCUCUUCUCUUCUCUUCUCUCUCUUCUCUUCUCCUCUCCUCUCCUCUCCUCUCCUCUCCUCUCCUCUCCUCUCCUCUCCUCUCCUUUCUUUCUUUCUUUCUUUCUUUCUUUCUUUCUUUCUUUCUUUCUUUCUUUCUUUCUUCUUCUUCUUUUUUUUUGGAUUUGUUUUUUUUCGAGACAGGGUUUCUCUGUAUAGCCCUGGCUGUCCUGGAACUCACUCUGUAGACCAAGCUGGCCUUGAACUCAGAAAUCUGCCUGCCUCUGCCUCCCAGAGUGCUGGGAUUACAGGUGUGUGCUACCACCGCCUGGCUACUGACAUUUCUAAUGUGUUCCUGAUCUGUAGCUGUUUUGGGAGUGAUGGUAGGUUAUUCUUUAGAGCAACUGUUUGGACUGGGUGUCUCGAAGGCAGCACCUGGACUAGCGUCUCAUGCGGGCUGUGGGGCUCAAGCUUUACAGGACACCCUUGGUUGUUUUGUUUUGUUUUCUUUUGUUUUUCAUCAAGUCUAGAUUAGCCUCUUGGGGUUGGCUUUCAGCUAACCAAGGAUACGGAAGGCAAAUACGUGAGUGAAAGUGUCACUUAGUUAUUUUACAGUGGAAAUUGUGUUAGUCAGUGGACUAGGGGCGUUUUGCUAAUUUGUACAUUUAUCAAGAACUUAGGAAGUCAAGUGGUCUGAGCAGUUCCUACAGUAAGAGUAGCCAGAGGGGCAGCCUGGGCCUAUGGCCUGCUGAGGUAUGCAUGGAUUGAACCGAAGAAGCCCUGGCAACCAACCAGCCACUCCAAGUAUAUUCCCCACCCCACUCUCCUCCUCCUGCUCCCCUCUCCUCUCUUCUCCUUUCCUCUCCUCUCCUCUCCUUUCUUCUUCUCUCCCUCUUUCUUUAUCUUCUCUUCCUUUUCCUUUUUUCUUAUAUUGCUACACUGCCAUAAUGCUACAAUUAGUGUAAUAAAAUAAUCAAGAUAAAGAGUUACUUGUGAUGUGAUGCUCCUAAAACAUUGUUGGAGGGUCACAGAAUAUGAUCAUUCCAGCUUAACAAAUAGAAAAAGUAAAAGUUCCUAAGCAUCUCAUGAUCCAGGUGUAUUCUUUUUCAUUUCUGCUUAUUUCCAUGUCUUGAUAUUUUACACACAUUGCAAGUUCUGCAAUAAAUCUUAUAUUCCACCA